AGGAUUCAGGGGUACCUAGUAUGACCUGAUGUUCACCUGCAUGUGGCACCACAGGUCCAAAUCCUUCACAAGCUUAUCAUACUUCCACUAAUGCACAUUGGAUGAAAACUAGCAGGACCCCAUCAUGAGAUGUCUGUGUAACUACAGCUUCAUGGUGCUUGGAAAGGAACCCCAUGUCCUCAAAUGCCUCACUUUAUAGUCUGCAUUAAUGGAGCUCAGAGAAAUGCCAUCAGGCAGACAAGCAGGUUUACUUGAAUAGGCAAUCCAUUUAAGGGUUAUGCUGGGUUACUACAGGACUUACAUGAGUGGUACUGGCCCUGUACUGACUUUGAAAAAAUAAUUUAAGAAGGACUUCUAUCAUGGAUUUCAGUAAGAGAGGGAUGUUUUAGUUGACAGAAAAAAAAAAAAAAAAAAAAGCUAGUGAGUCGGUUUUGGAAAAUGCUAUGUGCUUGUGUGUCUAUUUGUGGCCUUGCUAUAAUUAGCCUUCAUGGCCACGCAAGCUACAGACUGAUUGGAAACAGUAGAGUCUUAUGCCCCGGUGCACCACUCCAGGAGUCCAACAGCACAGAAGGAAAACACUGAGCUUAGAGCGCACCCCCGAGUGUCCAAGUAAAGACGAAAACAUAUGGAGAAUCUACUGCUGGGAUGCUGGCUGUGAUGACAGACGAGUCUUGCUGACUAAGAAGAUGAGUUCCAGAAGGCAGCUGAACCGAUCCCUCUCAAGUGAUGGAAGGUCUUACUAUGGUGGCAGUGAUAUCAGCCCUCAGAAUAGAAGGGUUGGCUGUAGGAGCUACCUGAGCAGUGUUCGAUCUGAAAGCAGCUAUGCUGGUCAUAGAUUCUCUCAGUUCAAGCCAUCCAGGAGCACUCUCUGCAGUGUCAUGGCCCAAUUAACUGAGGAGAUACAGCCAUCAUUUGAGACCACAUUAAAAUCCAAAGCUGUGUCUGAAGACACUAACGUCAAGUUCAGCUGCGUGGUCUCAGGCCACCCAGUCCCUGAGGUGACGUGGUACAAAGAUGAUGUACAGCUGGACAGAUACUGCGGCCUUCCCAAAUAUGAAAUUUCACGUGAUGACAAGACACAUUCACUCCAAAUAUACAACUGUACUCUGGAGGAUGCUGCAAUUUACCAAGCAUCAGCACAGAACAGUCGAGGCAUCGUGUCAUGUUCAGGGGUGUUGGAGGUGGGGACAAUGAGUGAGUACAAGAUUCAUCAAAAUUACUUUGCAAAGCUCAAACUGCGAAAUGAGAACCGACGUCGUGAGCAGGAGGAGCCCCGCAAUGCAUGCAAAGAGAAUGUCCCAGCAGCCCGUGAGAAUGUCAGGGUGAGCAGUCCUGAAAGAGCCCAAAGGAAACGUAGGUCCCCCAUGGAGACCAGAGCGGCUGGCAGCCCUUCAGAGGAGAAAGCCAUGGAGGUGGAUGCUCUCAGUCCAACACCUCCAGUUCAAGAGUCAGUAUCAACAUCUGUUCAUGAAAUCUCAAACUGUGAAAUGAUCACAAACAGAGACAAAGAUGGCCAGGGGCUAAGGUAUGGCCAUGAUACCGUGCAUAAUGCCUCCAGCAAACAGACUAAUGAGCAUUACGUCAAGAAGAAGAUCAAAAUCUCAACAGAAGCAAAAGAGGGAAUUAAGGAAAACAGACAGAAUGGAAGAAGGGAAGAGAUAAUGAAUGAGAGUGGAGCUUCCACUGAAGAGAUGGAAGUACAGAACACUGUCGAUCAGAUCACCUCCGUGACUGAAUAUGAAAACAAAAUGGACAUAACAGACAGACAAAUAAGUGAAAAACAAUCAGUGAAAGUGAACAAAAGCGCCUCAAAAGAAUCAAAGAGAGCCCAGGGUGCUCAGACUGCCUCAGUGUCUGAAUCUAGAAACAAAAUGGACAAAACAGACACAAGAAAAUUUGAAAAAACUUCAGCAUACACAAACAAAAGUGGCUCAGAAGAAUCAAAAAGAGCUCAGGGUGCUCAGAUCACAUCAGCAACAGAAUCUAAAAACAAAAUGGACAUAGACACAAAAGCAACUGAAAAACAGUCAGAGAGAGUGAACAAAAUGGUCUCAGAAAAACCAAAGGGAGCUCAGGGUGUUCAGAUCACCUCAGUGACUGAAUCAAGAAUUAAAAUGGACAUAACCAGAAAUAAGAAUCAAAAAUUGUCAAUGAAAGAAAACAAAAGUCCCUCAGAAGAAUCAAAGAGAGCUCAGGGUGCUCAUAUUGCCUCAGCUACUGAAUCAAGAAACAGAAUUGGCAUAACAGUCACAAAAACGAAUGAAAAACAGCCAGUAAAGGUAAACAAAAGUGCCUUCGAAGAAUCAAAGAGAGCUCACCAUGCCUCAGUGACUGAAUCUAGAAACAAAAUGGACAUAACAGUCACAAAAACAAAUGAAAAACAGUCAGAGAAAGUGAACAAAGGUGUCUCAGAAGAACCAAAGAGUGCUCAGUGUGCUCAGAUUGCCUCAAUGACUGAAUCAAGUAGCAAAAUGGACAUAAAAGACACAAAAAAGAAUGAAAAACAGUCAGAGAAAGUCAAUAAAAGUGUCUUGGAAGAAUCAAAGAGAGCUCAGGGUGUUCAGAUUGCCUCAGUGACUGAAUCAAGUAGCAAUAUGGACAUAACAGACACAAAAACAAAUGAAAAACGGUCAGAGAAAAUGCACAAAAGUGUCUCAGAGGAAUCAAAGAGAGCUCAAGGUGCUCAGAUCACUUCAGUGACUGAUUCAAAAAUCAAAGUGGACAUAACAGACACAAAAAAGAAUGAUAAGCAGUCAGAGAAAGCAAAGGAAAGUUCCUCAGAAUCAAAGAGAGUUCAAAAGCCCAUUACAACCCAGAAACAACUGCCACUGAAGUUUUCCAUGACAACCCAGAUGAACAAGGUGGUUGAGAACACAAAGCUGACUAAAUCAUCUGACAAAGGGACGUCAAACCUCCAACCUCAAGCUCUAGAUAAUAUCCAGAACUGUAAUCCAAGAGUUAUAGACAACAAGCUCAUGGAUUUUGAUGACCACAGGAAUAAAACUCCAGCAGGUACAUGUGUGAGGAUCUUUCCUCAUUCCUGUGGUGGGAAUGACGUCAAUGUGGACACAGGGGAGAGGAAUGCGUCUGCAUGCUCUCUUAGGAGCUUGUCUGCAGGUGAUACUCACACUCAACCCACAGAGCCACCAAUUUGUGGAGACGUUCCUCCUUUUCACAAGGAAGCACCCAUGGAUAUAAAGCAGCAACCCUCAUUAAUACACGAGGUCACUGCGAGUGUUACGGAAACACUCAGUUCCUGCCACCUUGCAUCACAGGGAAAGAAGCUGAGAACAGGUGAUCAGUCUGUCGCAUCAACAAAGAGCAGUACACUUGUCACUGAGCCUCAAAACACUCAGCCGAGUGAGAAAAUCUCCUCAGGUCAUAUUUCACACAUGCUUCAAGAUGGCCAAGUCACUACAGCUAUGAGUUCCUCAUUAGGAGAUGACACACUAACUAACAUGUGUGAGAAGGAUAGCAAAGUUGAAAGCCGACUUAUCAAAGAGUCUGAUAAACUAAAAGGUGAAACAAAACUUGCAUCUGUUUCUAAAGAAAAGUCAACGGCAAACCAUUCCACAAAUCAAGUCAUUGUUACAGAAUUUGUACAAUUUCGCACGACAAACUCAGAUGUGUUGCAACCACAGACCAUGAAUGACUCAUCAAUCUCUAAUGUUCAAAUGAAAGAUAAUAAGGCCCAAGAGUGGCAGAGCACUUGUCUUGAAUCUACAGACAAUGUUGCUAAAAUGGACAUACAGGCGCAGUCUAAUGUAACCACAUCUGAAAUACCCAAAUUAACUCAUCAAAAAACCAAUGAUCAUUCUGACCCCUCUACAUUCCUUUCCCAAUGUUCAAAGGUUUUACCCACAGAAUUUACCAUUCCUACAAUAUAUAUAACAGAUGUGGACAGCAUAUCUCAAAAUAGUACAGAAACAGAACACACUGUAGAUGCUGUUGAAACCAGAACUGAAAUAAAUACAGUAACCUCUAACGUGACACAUAGCAACACAAUCAUGCAAGUAGGUAAUAUAUCUGAAUGCACAGACACCAAGAACAAAACCACAGCUGUUUUGGAAUCUGAAGGACUGCAUGAUGAAAAGCUUGAUCUUUCCCUGCAUUCACAACCCUCUGAAGUCAACAAGCCUCAUCAACAGCCACUAACUCAAGAAAAACUGAUUCAAGGACCUGAAUCAAGUCACUGUGUCACUGACUUUGUUGCAUCAGACUUAAUUAGAUUGAAAGAUGUCACUAUGCAAUGUCACUCUGCUGACAAAAUCAUAAAGACCAAUGAAGCUGACUUAGCUGAAAUUAAAGAAACAGAUUUUCAUCUGAAUACUGAUCCGGACUCCUUCAUAAAACAAUUGAAGUUGGCUGCAUUAGACCUCGAGAGUCCAAAUCUAAGUACUACAGCUAAGAUAAAAGCUGCACCCCAUAUAAAUGCGAAAGAAAAUAUUAAAUGUGGCGAGGAAGAAAAUUCUGCAGUGACAGAGCUCACUUCCUGUAAGGUAACAAUUCCAUCAAAGCCUACAGACCAGGUCUUCAACUCUGCUGCUGCCCACAGUGAGCUUGCCACCAAGACCGAUCAAAAAACUACAUUACCCAGGAUUAAAACAGAGAAGAUUGAAACAGGAAUGACCGUAUGUCUUGAAGAAGCAAAAAGAGAUUCAUAUCAGGGGGACAAUAUAUCUUUGAAGACACAACCUGCAUCUCUAUCACAAUUAGUCAGUAACACACCAUUGAAGACAUCAUUGGAAACACACUCCCCUCGUCUCACCCAGAGGACUGUCCAGGCUGACCUCCCCAAACCUGCAGGAAAUGAGAAUGUUAAGCCCAAAUCAGCAGAGAAAGACAAAGAAAACCAAUUCAAAGUCCCACAGGUUAUCCGUAAAAUCCGACCAGAGGUGUUUGAUGCCUCUGGACACCUGAAACUCUGGUGUCAGUUUUUUAACAUAGUAAGUGACUCAACAAUAAAAUGGUACAAGGAUGAAGUAGAAAUUGCUGAGAUAAAGAGAAGUGCAGGAGAUGAGACUCAAGUGUGCUUGGCUAUUAUACAGAUGUCCAAAAGAGACUGUGGUGUUUAAAGAUGCACCAUUACCAAUGAAUAUGGCAAAGAUUUCACAGAGUAUCUUCUUAGCACAGAGUUUCUGUCCAAUAUACUUCUGCAUGAGAAGCUCAAGGAAGUUGGGGAGGAGAUUGAGAUGACUCCUCUGAUCUUCAGUAAAGGUCUUGCUGAUGCAGGUUGCUGGGGCUCAAAGUUCUAUGGCCGUGUGACAACAGAAGAAGC